AUGGUUAGUUUCGAGUAUCACUGCCGCCGGGAGAAGCGGGGAGGGUCGCGGAAGGAUAGUGGAUUUGAUGAAACGAGUGGAAACGGGCAAGACGACAGCACGGAUGACGAAGGGGAAAGGGAAGAUGAAGGGGAGGACGACGGCAUGGAAGUAGGGGACGAUGAGCAACGCGCUGCCAGCGCGCUUAGCGAGGGAGCGCCGUCACGGUCCGACAGGCCAGCGGCGGGGCCGGGCGUUUCGGGCCUCGCGCCUCCCGGCGACAGCAAGAUUCUGGGCGGAGCAGCAGCAGCGGAAGGAAGCCACGCGUUUGCAGCGCCGUACGGUCAUUCCUUGUCAGACACAUCCAAAUUUCUCUCUCUCCACUCUCCCCUCGACCCCUCUGAUGCGCACUGCGGUCUCUUCUCCUCCGCAUCCAUGGCGUCGGGCGCGGCGCGGUACCAUCGUCGCAAGUCCUUCUCAUUCCUGUCCGGCGCCGCGCUCAGCGCCAACGCCACGCUCGCCAACUCGUUUCUGUGCGCCAACACCGCACGGGGGAUCCUGGGGGACAUAGACUCCCCCAAGAACUUCCGCCGAAUCGGUUGUAACACAUCCGCUCACUCCGGCAUCCCCGCGUGCUGUGCGCCCGCGUGCCCGCUCUCCUCCUCCUCCGCCUCCUCUUCCAUGUCCUCCAACCCUCUCUCCUACCGCUCCGCUUCCUCCGCCUCCACCACGCCCUCCUCCGCCUCCACCGCUUCUUCCGCGUCCCCCACGUCCGGCGCGAGCCUCUGGUCCUCCAUGCUUUCCGCGGGCGGCGGAAGUACCGGCGGAGAGCCCAUCUUUUCCGCGGAGAACAGCAGCUCUGCGCCCGGGUCGCUGGGGCAGAGCUUUCUGCAGGCGACAGACGUGCAGGUGGCCGGCGGGGCGGCGGGCGAGGACCGCGUGCAGGCCGUGUGUUCCGAGGCCAAUGGGUGGGUGUUCUGCGGCGUGUACGACGGGUUCAACGGGCGCGACGCCGCGGAUUUCCUGGCCGUGAACCUGUACGAGAGCGUGGGCAUGCACCUGCGGCUGCUGCACUGGCAGGAGCAGCACGCGGCGCAGCAAGAGGCGCAGCAGAAGCAAAGGCAGCGGCAGCAGCACCACCACCAUCAGAAGCAACAUCUCUGGCACAUGCUCCCUCCUCCCCCGCCUGUCUCCUUCCUCCCCGCCUCCCCUUCCGCCGCCGUGCCCCCACCGUCGCUGCUGCGCACGGCGAACCCGAGUCUGAGCCAGAGCAUGCCGUCGCUGCCCACCGUGUGCGAGGAGGCGUCCUCCGCGCUCUCGCCUCUCACCUCCGCGCUGCGCACCAUCCCGACCGCCGACGGCGGGGCAGGCGGAAGCGGUGGCGAGGGGGACAAUGGGAGGGGGGGCGCACAGGCUGGCGCGCAAAGGGUUGAAGGAGAGGGUGCAGCAGGGGCGGCAGCAAGGGCGGUAGCAGGGGCUGACGAGGUGAAUGAGGCGCAAGGUAUGGGUGUGGCGAAGGGGGUUGGGGUGGGCGACAGACGGAUAGGGUCUGAAAGUGCUGGUGGCAUGUGUUGUGACGAGUCUAGCAGUGGACGGAGUAGGGCUAGUAACGGUCCGGAAAGCGCAGCCAAUUGUAUCGAUUCAACUCGCUCCUUGUUGUCAGCAGAAGCGAACGAUCCGUCGCAGCCAGCAGCGGCGGCAGCAGCAGUAGAAGCAGCGUCGGUGUGUUCACCGUCCGGGCCUGGCUCUUGCGCUUCCUCCUCGCCCACUUCACCCACCCCUGCUCUCCCCGCUCCCUCUGUCAACGGCACGCACUCACCCGACGCCGCAUCAUCCAAACCGACCGCCACAAGCGCCGCAGCAGCGAGCGCGGCGGCGACGGCGGAGUUCCAGCGCGCAGUGCUGCGGUGCCUGCAGCGCGCGCUGGCGCACACAGAGCGCGACUUCCUGCGCAUGGUGGAGGCGGAGAUGGAGGAGCGGCCGGACCUGGCGAUGGUGGGGUCGUGCGUGCUGCUCGUGCUGCUGCACGGCCGCCACCUCUUCACGCUCAACCUCGGCGACAGCCGCGCGCUGCUCGCCACGUGGGCCGCGCCGGGGGAGGGCGCGUCCGUGAGCAUGGGCGCCGCGGACGGUAGCGACGCGGACAGGGAGGGGCCGGGCGAAUUGGUGGGGGGGGUGGGCGAUGGGGCGUAUGCUGAAGGAGGGCAAGGCUUCGGGGGCGCGAAUGGCGAUGCGCUUGCUGGCGAGGGGGUGGGCGGGAAGGGUGAAAAGGGGCAGAGUGGUUUGGAGGGGUUGAGAGUGGUGGUGCUGUCGGAGCAGCACUGUGUGGACUACGAGCCAGAGAGGCGGCGUGUGGUGGCGGAGCACCCGCUGGACGCCAGCGCUGUGGUGGGCCGCCGCGUCAAGGGCAAGCUGCGCGUCACCCGCGCCUUUGGCGCCGGGUACCUCAAAAGCGAGCGGCUGAACAACAAGCUGAUGGGCAUCUUCCGAGUGCGCGACCUGGUGUCGCCACCAUACGUGUCCAGCGUGCCCUUUGCCACGGCGCGACGCGUGUGUGCGCGCGACUGGUUCGUGGUGGCGGGCAGUGACGGGCUGUUUGACUUCUUCACCAAUCACGAGGUGGUGCAGCACGUGGCCGCCUUCCUGCUCGCCCAUCCCCACGGCGACCCCGCCAAGCACAUGCUCGAACAGCUGCUGCUGCGCGCCGCCAAGCAGGCUGGUGAGCCCGCCCUGCCUCCCCGCACUGCUUGGCUUCGAAGCUUAUCUUGCUUGCUUGUGGCGCUCACACACCCCACCCAGAAUGACCGCCCCUUCACCAUGUGCAUGGAUAUCAUGAGGCUGGGAGUGGAGGAGCUGCGCAACAUCCCAUCGGGGCGGCGCCGCAAGUACCACGACGAUGUCACGGUCGUCAUCACCCUGCUGGGGCCCGCUGCCCGCACCUCCUCCGCCUCCACCCUGCACUGA